AUGAGAUUCUCUUUACUUCUUGCAGGUGUAGUGGCUGCUGAUAGUGGGUACUUGAUGGCAAGGCACUUACACAACAAGCCCAUCGGCACUACCACCUUGCCAGCUGACGACGACUACUGUACACCUUCUAAGCACUACUGGGUGAAAGGUGGCCAUCAUCGUCGUUCCAACGAUGGCCCCGAGUUUAUCGAUGCGGGAGUGGCAGUCAGUGAUGUCACUAAGGUCGGUGACAACGUCUACGAGUUGUCCUUGAAUUUCAAGACCGCCGAGGAUGAGGAGUUAGCCAAGGCCAUUUCCAACAACCAGGUGCGUAGCUUGACUAUCGAAGGCACUGGAGUCGAAGAUGUGCAGUUGAUUGGCAGAGACAACAAAAUGGAGGGAAUUCCAUGGACUAAGUGGACGGCCAGAGUGAGAGUGAGGUCGGAACGGAUGCUCGAGAAGAGACACAAGCACAAACCAGCCGGCGUUGUGUGCUGUCUCCCACAUAAGUUGGAGGUUCGUCUUGCUUUGGAGCCAGAAGGAGAAGCUGCUCGUGCCUACAAAUCUGUUUUUUCCAGGGACUCCUAUGCCUACACUGUUGAAAGAGGUGUUGGAGAUGAAAUCACCGAAGUGGGAGAUGUGGAUGGGUUCCUCAAUAACGUCUUGAAGAGAGAUGUGGACUCUCCUCUCUCCAAAAGACUGGGAGUGUUCAACAGGGUGAGAAACUUACAACCAAGGUUCCACAAGCAGUGUUGGGUGUGUGAGUGUGAAACAACCACCACUACUUCGCUGAGCUCGUCUACUUCUUCGACUGUUCCACCUACCACCACAAGCGAGAGCUCAACCUCGGAGACUACCAGCUCACUGUCGUCCAAAACAGAGCCUUCUGGCAGUUCGUCACUGAACCCUCCUCCUGCAACUGAGACAUCUUCAGAGACCACUUCCAGUACUGAGACUUCGAGCUCUGAGACUACUUCCACUGAGACCAGCACUGAGACUACUUCCACUGAGACUACUUCCAGUUCUGAGGCAACGUCGUCUACUGAGACCAGUACUGAGACUACCUCUAGUGUCGAGACUACUUCCAGUACUGAGACUACCUCCAGUUCAGAGACCUCCAGUACUGAGACUACCUCCAGUUCAGAGACCUCCAGUACUGAGACUACCUCCAGUUCAGAGACCUCCAAUACUGAGACUACUUCUACUGAGACCACUUCAAGCUCUGAGACCACUUCAAGCUCUGAGACCACUUCAAGCUCUGAAACCAGUACUGAGCCAACUACUUCAUCAGAGUCAAGUACCUCACCUGGGCCAGCUACUUCAUCUGAGCCAACUACCUCCACGAACACUUCCUCAGAGACGAAGCCCACUGAAUCCGAAACUGGAUCCAGUACUGAGUCAAGCUCUUCCACAAAUGUGACCACCGAAACAACGCCAACCGAAUCAACUGAGUCAACCACCUCAGGGCCAGGCCCCAGCACUGAACCACCUUCUGUUACUACUUCGAAGACGACUUCUGAGCAAACUGACUCUCACACUGGUCCAUCCACUUCAAACACGAGUACUGGCACAGAAACAAGUACUGAGUCUCAGACCACGCCAACUGACGGCCACACUGGCCCUCACACUGAGCCCACAACUGUGACAAUUACCGGUUCAACUAGUACAGCUAUUGUGACUUAUACGCCAACUCAGCCAGGCCCUGAACACCCACAACCAAGUGGGCCUAGUGGACCACAAGGACCAGAGGGACCUGAGGGACCAGAGGGACCAGAGGGACCUGAAGGACCAAGAGGACCUAGUGGACCUGAAGGACCAAGUGGACCUAGUGGACCUAGUGGACCUAGUGGACCUGAAGGACCAAGUGGACCUAGUGGUCCAAGCGGUCCAAGCAGUCCAAGCAGUCCAAGCGGUCCAAGCGGUCCAAGCGGUCCAAGCGGUCCAAGCGGUCCAAGCGGUCCAAGCGGUCCAAGCGGUCCAAGCGGUCCAAGCGGUCCCGGUGAAAACGGUGGAGACGUUGAACAGCCAAAGGGUGAACAGCCAGAAGGUAACGGUGGCAAAGGUGGUCCAGGCGGCCCAAGUGGUCCAGGAGGUCCAGGGGGCCAUGGCAGUGAAGGCAACCACGGGGGACCUGCUCCUGCUCCUUCUGUCUCCCAAGUUGGCCAGCCAGGGCCCUCUGCUAGUGUAUCUCAGUACACUGGGGGAGCUGUGAGACUUGCAACCACGCCGCUUGGCGCUUUGCUUGCUGCUGCCUUGUUGCUUUAA